CUUGCACAUAGCACAAACAACAGAAGGACUGUUUGAUUAACUGAUAAUUCAACUAAUGUUAUGAAUUCUUAUAUAUCACGGUAUUUUAAAUGAGAUAGGACUCGAUGUUGUUGCUCAGCAGAAUAUUUUACCGCUGUAACAGCAAACGGCAACUUGUUCGAUUGAAUAGUUGUGUAAACAGUGGUUAUGUAUAUUUGACACAUAUUUCUCCGCUGAAAUCAAGGCAUCGAAUGGCACUAAGGAAGUAUGACCCGCGCGUGAAUAGACAUGUUGUAUUUUACCAAACAAGCAUUGCAGGAAAUAAAACCAAGAGUACUCCACCCUCUCAACAUUCCAUUAAGUAUGCAAGGUUUACAGGAAAAUCUACAAACAUGAAGCCUUUAAUAGCAAGGAUUCAACGUGCCUAUGAUUACGGGAGGUUCAAUCCCUUCGACAAAAUUUAUAACCGACUGGUUAAUACAAGAGGGGCAGUGGAAAAUCGCAUGGGAUGAAUAGAAUAGCACAAUGGUAGAAUGGCUUCA